CUCGUUAAACAAAACCCAACCACACGUUAGUUGCUACAAAGCAAACGCGACCAAUAUAGACUCCAAAGCCAUAAGAGGUGCCCAUCCCGGAAUUCUCCACACGCAUUCAAGCCACCUCAACCAAAAGCAGAGAUCCAGCAACCAAGCAAACCCCUCAAGAUUAUCCCCUUUUGUCCAUUUUUCUAAACUACAAAAGAGCCUAAGGGAGACCGAUUUUCAUCAAGCUUAAUCACCAACCUAUUCUCACAGAUAGCAAACCAACAAGUAAAGAGCAGUCCAAGAUUUUACGUUUCUUGCACUAACGCGCAAGGUCCCCUAAGAAACCACCACUAGCUUGCUUCGUCAUCUUCACGUCCGAGCUAAGCGAGAGCAAGAACUCCUUAUCGCGAGAGCCAACGAAUUACCAGCUGAAACCAUCCUAGUUUCUUUCCUAUAACGAUAUCUCUUUACCCGACCAACCUAGCUAUGCCAGAGGUGCCAUUAUACCCGUUAGCACACUUCAGUGCUCCCCACUCGCUCAAACAAGUGGCUGGCGACGAACGACUCCGCGACCUCUCCCUCAACAAACGCUGCUCCAACUUGUCCAUUUCGCCGGGAAAACAGGUCGAGGUUCCCGAAGACUGUGACGACCGGAUGUUACGCAAACGCCAUAUUGAUGGAGACUCCCGCGAGUUACUGCCGCUAGACAUCACCUCUCCCCCAGUCUCUGCUUCCCAGUCAGGUAUGAUAUACUUCUUACCCUCUGAGGCAGAAGAGACGGAGGACCCACCCUUGAAACGGAGACUGACCCUCAAGGGGCCUGCGUUCUCUAUGGAUGACUCCAGACCGGUCACUGCCAACCCUCCGAGCGCCCCAGAGUGUAUGCCUCCGCCGAUUCUGGAACCAACAUCCGAGGAUGUCUACCAGCAGUUGCUACAGCCGCUUCCAUCUCCCAGCGCCUCUCCGAUCCAAUCUGGAGUGGAGUCCAUGUCGUUUGAGCAGACUUCCAGCGAGCUCAUUCACAUUCCGAGCAGCGCUAACGAGUUUAUCCACUUGAUGGCGAAUCUUUCCCUGUCGUUGCUCUCCAAAGGGGCCCAAAACAACUUGAUCUUCCACAUGUUGCAAAGAACCAACCGAACGGAUCUUUCAGCCUUUGUUACCAUUCUUAAGGCGAGUUUGAAGCGUGACUUGGUGGCAGGGUUUCCUGAAGAGGUCACUCUGAAGAUCCUCGGGUUGCUAGAUCACCGAAGCUUGUGUUCCGCCAGUCUCGUGUGUGAAAAGUGGAGGCAGCUAGUUACCAAAAAGGCCACAGCGGACACUCUCUGGAAGAGGUUGCUCUUCUCAAAUGGCUUUGUCAAGCACCAGAGCGAAAUCGAUGCCGAAUUUGCCCAUGCGUCACAGUUGCUCACGGAGUGGGGGUCUGGACAACCGGAAAAUCUCUACCGGUUGCUCUACAAGAAACGCCAAUUGAUCCACAGACGGUGGAUGGACCCACAUUACCAGCCCAAACGCAUCAGCUUUCCUGGCCAUAGUAUUCAUGUGGUUACCUGCUUGCAGUAUGACGACAGGAAAAUCAUUUCCGGUGCCGAUGACCGCAUGAUCAACGUCUACAGCACCGACAACGGCCGGCUCAUGCAGGCUUUAAAGGGCCAUGAUGGUGGCGUUUGGGCAUUAAAGUACAUCGGCAACACUCUUGUCUCUGGCUCCACCGACCGAACCGUCAGAAUCUGGAACAUUAAGCAGGGAAAGUGCACCCACGUGUUCAGGGGCCACACUUCCACUGUCAGAUGCCUUGAUAUUCUCCAACCAACCCAGGUGGGAGUUAACGCUGAAGGAUUGCCAAUCAUCUUUCCUCCCCAGCCGUUGCUUGUUACUGGUUCCAGAGACAACACGCUACACGUGUGGAACCUUCCGUUGACGGAGGAGGAUGACGAACUUCCAGAGCACCCUAUCGACGUCACUGAGCACGAGAACCCGUACUUUAUCAAGGCUUUGACUGGCCAUACAUCCUCCGUGAGAGCUAUUGCUGGGCAUGGAACGACGGUGGUUUCUGGUAGUUACGAUCACACGAUCAGAGUAUGGGACCUCGUUACUGGCGUCUGUAAGUUUGUGCUUAGGGGGCACAGCGACCGAAUCUACAGCACAGUGUUGGACACCAAACGUAACCGGUGUAUUUCCGGGUCUAUGGAUGCGACUGUGCGUAUCUGGGACUUGGAAACGGGUGAGUGCUUAUAUGUUUUAGAAGGGCACUCGUCUUUGGUCGGUCUUUUGGAGUUAUCUGAUGAUACGCUUGUUUCUGCUGCCGCAGACUCGUCGCUUCGUGUUUGGAACCCUGACAACGGUGCCUGUGAUGUGUUGCUCAGGGGUCACAGCGGGGCCAUUACGUGUUUCCAGCACGAUGAACACAAGGUGGUGUCGGGAAGUGAACGCAUGCUCAAGUUGUUUGACAUCAAAACGGGCGAGUUUGUGAGAGACUUGCUUACUGAUAUCACCGGUGGCAUUUGGCAGGUUAGGUUUGACUACCGUCGCUGUGUUGCUGCUGUCCAACGGAAGUUGCUCGAUUCAGAGGUUGAGGAAACUGUGAUUGAGAUUUUGGAUUUCAGCGAGCCGAUCAAUAAGGAGGACCACACAGAUGUGGAGAGCGAGGGUGACCAGGUGUUGUACGAUGAACGUCCUGAAACAUCCCAAACCAUUGCAACUUUGCAGCUCCUCCCAGCGAGCGAAAUAUCGGACUUUGAAAUGAGAUAGCUUAUAAGAAAACCCAAGAUUUUAAUUACAAGGUGGAAAUGUAAAGAGUGCAGGGAGGGUCUAAGCGAGUGUUGGUUGGGGAUGAACGAGUCUUCUCCCCUGGUUUCAUACACUUUUCAUUAUUUACUCGAUUUACAUAACAGAGUGAAGGUUACCUUUCCCAGUUAUGAAUGGACUGACCUCCUUGCUGAGUAAUAUUAAAGGUACUAUGGAAAAAUAUUCCAUUAGAAGUAUCGGUCUAGAAAGACCGCGUUUAGAUUCAAGAUCCAAGCUGGUUUGGUUCACUUAACUUCUCACAGCUCAAACGAAGGUAUUCUUAAUAGUUGGUAUUUCAUUGGGAAA